GCGAUCAGGGUGGUAAGGACGGCGGUGAGCUUGCCGCUGGAGAAGAAGCAGAGCGGCGGCGACGAUAAUUUUCCUCCUCUAGCAACCCUAGGUGGCGCCUCCAAGCGGAUCUCCGGGUCGGAUGGGCCAUUCGAAGUGGGUCGCGCUCUGUGUGACCAGCCAAGCGAGCUGGUACUUGGAUGGAGGUGGGUCGAAGAAGGCCUCAGUCCCGGGCUGGUCGUUUGGAAGAAGAAUCUUGGGCUCGGAUUGAGUCAAACUGAGCAGCUAAGCGGGCUUAAAAGGAGCCCACUGAUUAAGUCCUUUAUGUAUGAUUGUGGGCCGAAAUUUGAAGAAGUUGAGCCCAAACUGGAUUUUGUCAUGAAGAAAUCAUAUGUGGUGGAAGUUAUUAUGUUGGUGGAUGAGCUCUACGUUGGGGCGAAGAAGAAGACACCAAUGAGGUUUAAUAUUGAUUUGGGCUCCAGUUAUUUAUUGCAA